AUGUCAGCAACGCGUACCAUAUCGUCAGGUCCCACCACGGCACCAGUGCUUGGGGAUGGCGGCACGGAGCGGGAACGCGGAGACGGCAGCACGGAGCAGGAACGCAGGACACCACGCGACGGCGAAACGGACCGAGCGCGUGGAUCGGUCAUCGCUGAAAGCACGGCACUAGUGCUUGUGGAUGGCGGCACGGAGCGGGAACGUGGGGACGGCAGCACGGAGCAGGAGCGCCGGACACCACGUGGAUCGGCCAUCGCUGAAAGCACGGCACUAGUGCUUGUGGAUGGCGGCACGGAGCGGGAACGCGGGGACGGCAGCACGGAGCAGGAACGCCGGACACCACGUGGAUCGGCCAUCGCUGAAAGCACGGCACUAGUGCUUGUGGAUGGCGGCACGGAGCGGGAACGCGGGGACGGCAGCACGGAGCAGGAGCGCCGGACACCACGUGGAUCGGCCAUCGCUGAAAGCACGGCACUAAUGCUUGUGGAUGGCGGCACGGAGCGGGAACGCGGGGACGGCAGCACGGAGCAGGAGCGCCGGACACCACGUGGAUCGGCCAUCGCUGAAAGCACGGCACUAAUGCUUGUGGAUGGCGGCACGGAGCGGGAACGCGGGGACGGCAGCACGGAGCAGGAGCGCCGGACACCACGUGGAUCGGCCAUCGCUGAAAGCACGGCACUAAUGCUUGUGGAUGACUGCAUGGAGCGGGAACGCGGCGACGCAGGCACGGAGCAGGAACGCAGGACACCACGCGACGGCGAAACGGACCGAGCGCGUGGAUCGGUCAUCGCUGAAAGCACGGCACUAGUGCUUGUGGAUGGCGGCACGGAGCGGGAACGCGGGGACGGCAGCACGGAGCAGGAACGCCGGACACCACGUGGAUUGGCCAUCGCGGAAAGCACGGCACUAAUGCUUGUGGAUGGCGGCACGGAGCGGGAACGCGGCGACGGAAGCACGGAGCAGGGACGCCGGACACCACGUGGUGGCGAAACGGAGUGUGGUUGUCACUUCCCAGCUUCGGAAGAUUUCACGUGCAAAAGAGUAUGA